AGAAGAAGAAGACGACUGCAAGGCGAGAGGAUGAAUCUUCGACGCGCUUCACGAACACUUCGUGAUUUCGUACUGGAGCCCCCACGUGGGACGUCAUUCACUACUUUAAUGUACUAAAAUAUCCUCGGUUUUCUAGUCCAGUUAAAGUCGUCAGGGUGCACGUGGAAGCUUCUCGGUUUGCUUUAGCUAAUCUUAUCUUGACCUAUUUUUAAAUUUCAUUUUCAUGACAAAGAAAGGCGCUUGUGAUCAACACAUCGCUCACAACGUGUCAGCGUAAAAGUGUUGUGGUUAUGUAAAAAUGUCUGCAAGAAGGACAACAGAGUAUGAAGUGGAACUUUGGGGAACAAAAGAGGACCGUGAGCGACGACGUCAACAACUGGAUAUUGUUUGCAAAAUGCAGCGUCGUGAUGGCUUACGCAUAGCAGUUAUCAGUGAAGAUCUUCAUCCUGAUUGGCAGGAGCCAGAGGUCCCGGAUAUUAAAGAGGAAGUGGAGGACGAAGACUUCCCCUUUAUCAAAGAGGAAGAGGAGCCGCUGGCCCUUUACAUUAAAAAGGAGGAGGAGGAGGAGGAGGAGGACGAGUACCUCCCCAUCAAGGAGGAGGAGGCCCCUUACAUCAAAGAGGAAGAGGAGGAAGAGGACGUCACCAGGUUUCCAUUGAGUGAUGCCCCUUUGAAGAGUGAAGCUGAAGAUGAAGGUCAACAUGAGCAGCGCAGAGGGGCCGAGGCUCCGAGCAGCAGCUCAAAUCAAUACAUGACCAUGGAAGGUGGCGGACACCAUUUUGGAGGAUCACAAGCUGACGGCCUCAUAGCUCCACUAUCAGACAGUGAUGACCCAACGUCACAUUCUUCUGACACUGAUGAUGAUGAACAGUCUGAAGGUCACGUGACUGCUCACACCGACAACAAAUGCUGGAAAUGUUCUCAGUGUGACACAACGUUCGUCUACAAAUCUCUGUUGAAAAGGCAUAUGUUAAGUCACACGGGAGAGAAACCUUUUUCCUGUUCAAUUUGCAGCAAGAGGUUCACUCGGAAGGGGUACUUAAAAAUACACACAAGAAAACACACUGGUGAGAAACCUUUUGCCUGCUCAAUUUGCGAUCAAAGAUUCUCUCAGAAGGGGCACUUGUUGAAACACACAAGGACACACACUGGGGAGAAACCUUUUGCCUGCUUGGUUUGUGGCCAAAGAUUUACGACAAAUAGGUAUCUAAUAGUACACACGAGAACCCACACUGGUGAGAAACCUUUUGCCUGCUCAAUUUGUGGCCAAAGAUUCUCUGAAAAGGGAACAUUAGGAACACACACAAGAACACACACUGGAGAAAAACCUUUUUCCUGCUCAGUUUGCGGCCAAAGAUUCUCUCAGAAUAGUCAUCUAAGAAAUCACACAAGAAUCCACACCGGUGAGAAACCGUUUGUCUGCCCAGUUUGUGGCCAAAGAUUCACUCAGAAGGCACACUUAAAAUGUCAUUCAAGAACGUGUUGCGAUUGUCGGAUGAAAAUGUGUGCAACCAGGACAGCAGACAACGAGGAAGAACUUUGUGCAACAAAAGGGGAGGACGAGUGUCAACUACUCUACGCCGUUUGCAAGCCGCAUCCUGGAGUUGUGUCACGCACGGCAGACAUCAAUGAAGUGCAUCUCCAUUUUAAGGUAGAAGUCAAGGCCGAUGAUCACCCACAUAUUAUAGAAGAGGGGCUGGUGUCCCCUUCCGUUAAAGAGGAGCAGCCAGAGAGAGAGAAAGAGGAGCAGGGAUCCCACAAUCUCAAAGAGGAGGAGCAAACCCAUGUCAAAGAAGAGGAAAAAGUGUUCCUGCACAUCAAAGAGGAAGACCAGGAGGAGGAUGUCACCAAGUUGCCGUUUAAUGCUGUGCCUUUGAAGAGUGACGAUGAAGAUGAUACUCAAAGGGAGGAGGACAGAGGGGCGGAGCCGCCGAAUAGCAGCUCAAGUCGACACAUGACAACAGAAGGUGAUGAAGACCACUGUGCAGCGUCAACAGUGGAUGGUCUCCUUGCUCCAAUAUCAGAGAGUGACGACAUGUCGUCACACUCUCCUGACACUGAUCGUGAUAAUGAUGAUGAACAUAAGACAGGUUACACAGACAACAAACGCUGGAAAUGUCCUCAGUGUGGGAAAACCUUUGCUGAUAAGUGGGUUUUGAGACGACACCUGAGAAUACACACCGGAGAGAAACCUUUUUCCUGCACGAUUUGCGGAAAGAGAUUCACUCAAAGCGGACAAUUGACCACACACGCAAGAACACACACUGGUGAAAAGCGAACACACAAUGGUGGAAAAAGUUUUUCCUGCUCAGUUUGUGGUCAAACGUUCUCAAGGAAGGAAAGCUUAAAAACACACACAAGAACCCACACUGGUGAGAAACCUUUUGCCUGUUCGUUUUGUAAUAAAAGGUUCUCUCAAAGUGGUCAGUUGACGUCACACACAAGAACGCAUACUGGAGAGAAACCCUUUUCCUGCUCUGUUUGUGGUAAAAGUUUCUCUGAAAAGGAUAGUUUAAAAACACACACGAGAACCCACACUGGAGAGAAACCUUUUGCCUGCUCAGUUUGUGAAAAAAGAUUCUCUCAAAGAGGUCAUUUGUCAUCACACUUAAGAACACAUACUGGAGAGAAACCUUUUGUUUGCUCAGUAUGCGGUAAAAGGUUCUCUAAAAAGGGAAAUUUAAGGCAACACUCAAAAACCCAUAUUGGUGAAAAACAUUUUCCCUCUUCAGACUGCCCAGACUACUUCCCUCUUCCCAGCCACUUUGUUGAGCGCUUCCGGAAGUAUCCUGAUACAUUCCUCACACAGCCAGGAGACAUAAUCUCUUCGGCGUGUCCUGGGUCCUCCCCAGGGCCUUCACCUGCUGGGACAUGCCCAGAAGACCUUACCAGGGAGCUGUCCAGGGACCAUCCUAACCACAUGUUCUCGCCAGCUUCUCUCAAUGCGGACGAGCACCGGCUCCACACUAAGCUCCUCCUGGAUGACCGAGCUUCUCACCGUACCUCAAAGGCAGAGCCCGGACACCCUGCAGAAGAAAUGAGGACCACUGAACAGUACGCCCUCAAUGCUUUGCCUGUCCACAAAGGUUAGUUGUGCCUGGAUGGUUAAGAUCACCGCCUGCCAACGUGACUGUCGUAGGUUCAAGAUCCCGACCUGACCAUCCACUGACAUUUCACAGCUGCGUGUAUUUGAGCAAGACACCAAUACCCCAAGUUGCUCCCCAAGUGUGUGUUCACUCUGAUGGUAAAAAGUAGCGAACACAUUUCCUGUGCGUCCACAUUCAUGACAAUCAAGAUGAUUUUUAUUAUGAAUCGAAUCACUGACUAAGGGAAGUAUUGAAGGAUAGUCGAGUGUCCCCCAGAAGUGGACUGUUUUUGUGAUACCUAAGGGAUUAUAGUACGCUUAAUUUUUUUUAAAAAUCAGGUGUAAUGACAGUCAAAUGUGCACAUUUCGGAGGAUGUUUAUUUUGAAAUACAACAUUAGUCAACUGGUUUUGUAAUACUCAUCUAAAUAUUUUUCUGUUUGAAUUUUUUAAAUCAGAUGUUAUUGAAGUUAUACUACUGUAUAUCCACAUUUCAAAUAAACUAUAGUAUCCCCUG